CCUAUUUCAGCUAUUAAAGGUACCAAAAUUCUAAAAAGCCUUACUUAUUUUAAGAAUCCGGAUUAUAUAAUAUUGAUAGAAGCUGCAAAUCAUAGCAUACCUUUACUAUUUAAUAUGUUAUUAAUGGUAAUAUGCUUUAUGUAUACAGGUUCAAUUAUUGGAAUGUGGUUAUUUGCAGGUAAACUCAAAUUUAAUGAAACAGGUGAUUUAGAUUUAGAAAACGGUAUCUCUCCACGUCUAAAUUUCGAUACACUUAAAGAAUCUUUUACAUCUAUAUAUGUAAUUUUAUAAGGAGAUUAAUAUAAUAAUGUUUGGAAUGAUUGCGUGAAAAGUAUAGGGGGGCUUAUUUCUCACCCUUAUUUUAUUAUUCUAUUGAUUAUAGGAAGAAUUAUUUUUUAGAAUGCUUUUGUUGCAAUUAUAAUUUAAUCAUUUGAUCAAGCAAAGAAAUUAAAAAAAUUAAAUCAAUAAAGUUCAUAAUAUGAUUAAUAAAGUAACAUAUACAUUAUAUUGUAUAUUAAUAAUAAAACAAAAAAAGGUUUAAUAACUAAUGGGAAGUAAUAAGAUAAUAGAAAAUAAAUAAUAAAAAUAAACUACUCAUAAAAUAAAAAAAGAUUAUAAAAAAUUAUACAAUUUAAUUCUUUUUAAUUAUAAAAAAGACAAAAAAAUAAGAUUUUGCAAGAAUAAUAAACCUUUGAUUUAAUUAGAUAGAAAUUUAAAUUAUCUUUUGUACUUUUUUAUUUUAAAUUAUAAAUAUAAUUUUUAUAUAUAAAGAAAUAAUAAAUAAUUAACCUAAUUAAAUAUAUGAAAAAUAGCUCAUGUUUUAUUUUCCAUAAAGAUUCUUAAUUUAGAAUAAAAACUAAAUAAUUGAUUUCUAAUUAAUAUUGGGAUAAUAGUAUUUUAAUAUUAAUAAUACUCAGUUCAAUUUCUCUUGCAAUUGAUAAUCCAUUAAACGAUAAUAAUAGCGCCUUAAAGAUAUUUCUUCAUAAUUUAGAUAUAUUUUUUACAGUUAUUUUCUAUAUAGAAGCUUUUAUUAAGAUAAUAGCAUAAGGUUUUAUUUUUAAUUAUAAAUAAAACAAAAAUGCUUAUUUAAGAAAUAAAUGGAAUAUAUUAGAUUUAACAAUAUUAAUUACAUCAAUUAUUGAUUUAGCAGAAAUAUCUCAAUAUAAAACUUUAAAAUCAAUAUAAUCAUUAAGAGCCUUGCGUGUUUUAAGACCUUUAAGGCUAGUUUAAAGAAACGAAUCAUUAAAGUUAUUAGUAAAUAGUUUAUUUUAAACUAUUCCAGUAUUAAUAAGUUUUAUUUUAUCUUCAGGAAUAGUACUUUGGAUAAUAUCAAUAUUUUUAGUAGAUAAAUUUAAAGGAGGUUUUUAUUAUUGUAAUUUACCUCAAAAAGAAUUAUUAGGAAAAGUAAAUACUAAAGAGGAUUGUAUUAAUUAAAAUGGAAAAUGGAGAAACUAUUUUUUUAAUUUUGAUAAUAUAUAAAAUUCAAUAAUAAAUAUGAUAAAAAUUAUGGCUGGUGAAAACUGGAUUCCUUUAAUGUGGGCUUCUAUAGAUUUUGUAGGAAUAGAUAAACAGCCGAUAAUAAAAAAUGAUUAUAAUUAUUCAAUAUUGUAUUUUUUUUUAGUUUAUAUAGGAAACAUAUACGGAAUAAAUCUAUAUAGAGGAUUAGUUGUAAAUAAACUUAAUAGAAUAAAAUAUAUUUUAUUUGGUUAAACAAAUCUAUCCAAAAUAUAAUAAGAAUGGGUUGAUAUAUAAAGGUUUAUGAUAAAUAGUAGAUUUAAGAUUAAAAUUCCUGAACCUUCUUUAAAAUAUAGAAGAAUUUGUUAUUUAAUUGCUUCAAAUUGUAAAUUUGAAAAAGUGAUUAUGUUUUCGAUUCUUAUUAAUAUUACCGUAAAUGCUUUUUAUUAUAGAAAUAUUCCUGAAAUAGGUGUUUAUAUUAUAAAUAUAUUUAAUAUAAGUUUUCUUGGUAUUUUUCAUUUUGAAUGCUUUAUUAAAAUAUAUGGAUUAGGAUUUUAUUAUUUUAGAGAUUCAUGGAAUAAGUUUGACUUUUUACUUCUUGUAUUAAAUGAUAUCUCAUAAUUAAUUGCGUUUUUUAUUGAUUUAAAUUUUUUUUAUUGUCUACCGAUAAUAACUAGUUCUUUAAGAUUAGGAAAGAUAGUUAAAUAU